UGAAUACUCAUUUUAAUUAUCUUAUGUGAUGUGAUUAUCUCGAAUAGUAUGUACCUUCAAUAUCAAAUAAUGACCCGUACGACAUGAAUUAUUUUUGUUAUGUAAAGCCAAAACUCACAUGAACCUCUUAUCAAGUCUUGUGGAUCACUAGAACUUUAUUCUUCACCACCACUCAUGUAUACUACAUUAUCCUUCCCUUCUCUUUUCCCUACCAUUUCUCACAAUGUCAACACCACUUCAACCAUCACACUUGGGCACAAUAAUUUUUUCUCCAGCAAAUCUCAUGAACCUGGUAGCCAAAGUCGUAAAGUUUCUGGCAAUCAAUGUCGGGCUAGAAGGCAACUAAGAUUUAGUGAAGACGAAUGUGAAAAUGAUGAAGAAUAUGGACACAAUGAAGCGAUAUCAUUGUUAGAAUUCUAUAGCCAGGUGGCAAAAAACGAAGCACUUUUGGUUAAAGCAAUCGUUGAUGACCUAGAAGUUGAAGUUCUAAUCUUUAAGGGAUUCUCAUCGAGCUUGAGCUCAGGAACUUCUCCUGACCCCACAAGGAGCAUUCUCCCGGCAAGAGCGGUUAUAAAAUGUAUUGAUCGAGUCAAAGGCCCUUUUGAUCCAUCUAAUAUCGAUUACAUUGAGAAGGACUUGACACUUGAAGCCUUUGAAACAGUUGUUGAAAAAAUAAAAUCCAUUCGAUCCAAUCAUCAAAACUGAGUGACUAACUCAAUUCUCAUGCAUCGGUUUGUUUUCACAUAUAUAAUUCACAAGCAUAUAUUCAUAUAUUGAUAUUUUACACUUUCCAAAUUAAAUUCUUAAUAUUUGCGAAGAUAAGCUAGAAAAAUUAUAUGUAAUUUGUAAUUUUAUAAUAGAGAAAACAUGAGAAUCAAUACUAUAAUACAAAGGUAAUUAAACUUUUGUUACUAUGUCUUCCAUUUAGUCAUAAUCAGAAAGCCUGUGAUCGAACCAAAUUUGGUUCAUCAGAAAACGAUAUUAUCCAUUAUUUAUUUAUAUUUCUAUAAUGAGCCACAUAUCUAAGAAAAUUCUGAAACUUACACGGCCAACUUUCAUUUGCUUAUUUCUCAGAAUCGGUCAAUGUGACAACCGUCAAUUUUCCGAUCAAGUCAAACUCAAAUAAAGUCAACAAGUCAAACCAGUCAACUCAUCUAACCCUUGUAUAUUAAGGUUUACAUUAUGUUACUAUCGUACAACUCACUAUUUUAAUAAGAAGUUAUCACUUGGAAAGUUCAUUCGUUCAGAAAUUCUAAACCCUAAUCGGGGUAAGUGAUGAAAUUAUUCGAUAAAACGUUAUUUCAUACCCCUCGGGG